AUGCUAUGCGAUGGACGUAUAGAUAUGGAUCCUUUAACUAUAGGCGAUCGUCAACAAACAGAUGAAACGGACUGUGGAUCACACUUUCCAUGUGAUAACCCAUACACACGCUGUGACGGUUUUUGGAAUUGUCCCAAUGGUAUGGAUGAAGCUAAUUGUUCAUUAUCUUUGUGUAAACCGUUUUAUCAUCCUUGUGUCUCACCAUUCAAUAUGUCUAUUGGAUGUUUGCCACUAGAACUUGCUGGUGAUGGGAUAAUACACUGUCUAGGUGGUUCAGAUGAACGACACUAUUGCCGAAAUAUGUUUCCUGACGACUUGGGCAGACGCUAUCGAUGUUACAACAAAACAUUUCGUUGUAUUGAAGCUAUAACAUUAUGCCAUCCUACUUUGAUUGAUGAUUUAACUGAUGAUGAGCGGUGCCAUGAAGAGGAGCCGAUUGUCUGUGCAGAAGCUCACAAAAAGCCUCUAAUAUCUCAUAGCAUAUGCAAUGAAAAUUGGGACUUAACACACAAUGUAGCUGAGAAAAUAUUUUGUAGUCUUGACGACCACGAUUUCAUGGUAUACUACAAUUUUUCUAACAGCAAACUUUAUUUAAGAUUGACUCGCACUGAGAACUUUCCAUCUUCUACACAAGAUGACUCACAAUCAAACGGAAAUAUUUCACAUGAAGAACACACACUACUUUCUUCGAAUAGUUUGCUUCAUUAUACUCAUCGAGCAUGGUUUUGUAAUCGAGGGAUAGUUAUCUUCACUGGAGAACUUGAACAACGUCGCUGCUUAUGUCCACCUCCGUAUUAUGGUGAUCGUUGCCAAUAUCAAAAUCAACGUGUCAGUCUGAAAUUACAGUUCAAUACACAGAGUGAACCCAGCUGGCGUACUCCUUUUUAUUUGAUAAUUAUGUUAAUAGACGAUGACUACGUAAUUCAGUCUUAUGAUUAUAGUCUUUAUAUACCUGCACAAGAUUGUGGCGUCAAAUUUCAUAUAUAUCUAACGUACGCAACUCGACCAAAGAAUUCAAGUAAAAAUUAUAGUGUUGUUAUUCAUGCUUAUAACAAAUACAAGCUAGCUUAUUAUACAAGCUGGCAUUUAUCCAUCCCAUUUCAAUUUCUACCAGUGAAUCACUUUAUUGCUCGUCUUAUAAUUAAAGAACAAAGAAUAAAAAGUCCUACGAAUUGUGCAUUAAAUUGUGGUCACUAUGGUGAAUGUAUGAAAUACGAAAAUACAGAUGAGGAAUUUUGUCGAUGUUUCGAAGGUUGGUGGGGUAAUUUCUGUGAAAGAAACUAUCAUUGUAGUUGCGCUCAGAACUCUAAAUGUAUUGGUACAAUCGGUAAUCAAUCUAUUUGUCUUUGUUCAUUAUAUCAAUUCGGUUCACGAUGCUAUCUUACUUCUUCUGUUUGUCAAUUAGAUACAUGCAAACAUGGUGGAACGUGUAUACCUGGUGAUGAUCGAAUAUCCAAGAAAAACUUUACUUGUUUCUGCAUGACUAGAUAUUCUGGAAAGAGAUGUGAAAUUCCUGAUACUAAAAUUGACAUAUCGUUUGAUGAUACAUUGAUUACAGGAACAUUUUUUGGGCAUUUCAUUAGCACAAUAGAAGAUGAUUUUCAUAUUCGUACAACAGUCUUUAUAAAACCUCGUUACAAUGAAAAUUCUGUGACAUUAUAUCGUUCGAUGCCAUUUCAUAUUCUUUUCAUUGAAUUCGCAAAAAAUUAUUAUCUUACUGUACUUCAAGAGAAAUAUUUACCAUCAAGGAUUAUUACAACGCAAGUCCUUCUCUCUCAUCGCUGUCUACCCAUUCAAGUAUUAUUCAAUCAAACUAUUCUAGAUUAUCAUCGACUUCAACGUAUUAAAUAUUAUCAUCUACCAUGUCAGGUAAAUACAACAUCAAAAUGUUUUUAUGAUGAAGAAUAUAUGUGUUUAUGUAAUCUUGAUCAUUAUGCUAUUUGUUUUGAUUUUGAACAUAAUAUGACAUACAAUUGUCAAGGUGUGAAUUAUUGUAAGAAUAAUGGUCAAUGUUUUCAAGAUCAUCCAUCGUGUCCGACAACAUCCAUAUGUGUUUGUGAUGAAUGUUCUUAUGGAACCUAUUGUCAAUUAAGCAAUACGGGAUUUGAUUCUUCUCUAGAUUCUAUUCUUAGUUAUCAUAUUCAUUCGUAUUUGACAUUUUUUCGUCAACCUCUACUACUAAAAAUUAGCUUUGCUAUUACGAUAAUUAUGUUUAUAGUAGGAAUAAUAAGUUCAAGUUUAUCAAUUAUUGUAUUUCAACCAAAAAAUUUUCAAUUUGGUUGUGAUAUUUAUCUUUUUACUGCUUCAAUCACUUCUAUUCUUACAAUGGUUGUGUUUCUAUUAAAAUUCAUGCUACUCGUCUUAUCGCAAAUGGCCUUGAUUACUAAUCAGUCUGUCAUUUAUAUUAACUGCAUAUCCGUUGAUUUCUCUCUGAAAUUUUUACCGAAUAUUGUCGAUUGGCUCUAUGCUUGUGUGGCUAUAGAAAGAGCUCUGAUAACCUGGAAGGGACUUACAUUUAACAAAUUGAAAAGUAGGUAUACUGCCAAAUGGACUGUUUGUCUUAUUUAUAUAUUCAUUAUUGGUACUGCUGUUCACGAUCCAAUUCAUCGUCAAGUCAUAGAAGAUAAAGGAGAACAACGUAUUUGGUGUAUUGUUGAAUAUUCGCCAACUUUCAAACUCUAUAAUCGAAUUAUAAAUAUUUUCCAUCUAAUUAUUCCGUUCGCCUCUAAUCUGAUAUCUAUUUGGCUUAUGAUCGUUCUAAUAGCUCAGCAACGGUUUACUGCACAGAAAAAUCACACUUAUAGACAACAUUUUUUUCAGGAAUUGAAUCGACAUAAACAAUUAUUAAUAAGUUCUUGUAUUUUAGUUAUUUGUACGUUUCCUCGUCUUGUUAUGUCAUUUACUUUCAAAUGUAUGAAAUCGACUGGCGAUUCUUGGUUAUACUUGAUCGGUUAUUUUCUACCAUUUAUUCCAUCGAUCGUCAUUUUUGCUAUUUUUAUAUUACCAUCAGAGACAUACACAAAACUAUUCAAGCAAUUCUUUGAACGAUUGAGAAGACAAUUUCAAUCAUAA